AUGGAAGUGAAGCAAGAAAAGCAAGAAAUGGAGAUAAAGGAGGCCAAUAGAGGAAGGGGGGAAAAGUUCCGCGCAAAUGUUUUGGAAAAAUUUGAGGAACUUAUAAAACUUGAACAUAUGUACGAAAUAAAGGAAAUAGAAUUAUGUUAUGAACAUUUAAAGAAAGAAGAAUUAAUUGAAAAGGGUAUUUUAUUAAACGACUUGACUAUAAAAACUGCCAGAAAACAUAAUGCAAAUAAAAACUCGUAUAUUAUUAAGUUAGUUAGGAAAAAAAAACAAAAUACGAAUAGUAAUGAUCUAAGUGAUGAAGAAAAUAUUGAAAACUUUAGACAUAACUUAUUCAGUAAAGGAAGUAUUGUACAUUUUUCAAAAAAGAGAAAAAAUUAUUCCCUGAAGAAAGACAACAAUGUUGGUAAUAAGAAUUUCAUAAUUCCUGAUGUUGUAAAUAUAUAUAUAUGUACUGUUCAUAAAAUAAAAAAGAAUCAAAUAAAUUUGCUAAUCAGAUGUAUUAACGAAUUGUGUAAAGAGUUAAAUAUCAGUAACACAUAUUUGUUAACAGAUAAAAGUUACUUUGAUGUCUGUUUAGUUGGCAGUGAAAUUUCUAUGAUGCGGCAACUCAAUGCUAUUAAUUUGAUGAAGACGAGUUUAGACAUACCGUCAAAUAUUUUGAAGAUUCUGUUUUUAGGAAAAAAGCCUUCCCAAGAUUUAUUUCUCCGUAAAAUUAUGGCCAUUUUUAGGCAUCGCUUGGUUGGGAAGAACAAACAUCAGGCAGCACAGGAGGAGGAGAAGCGUGAAACCACAACUCCAGUUGAGAAUCCAGAAAAAAAUGAAAAAGGCGAAUCCGAGUUGAAUGGACUUCAAAUCGAGGAAGAAAAAGACGCGUGCUACCCGAUGGAAGAAGACUUGAGAAAUGAAGAGAACUAUUACUACAAAUGUGCGAAGGAAGAAUGGGGAAACAAAAAUUUAAACGACAAUCAGAAAAAAGCAGUAUAUAUGUGCCUGUACUCGAAUGACAUCUUUUGCAUUCAUGGACCUCCAGGUACUGGAAAGACAACAGUUUUAUGUGAAUUAAUUUAUCAAUUUAUUAAAAGGAAUAAGAAGCUGUUAGUUACAGGCCCAAGUAAUGUUUCAGUAGAUAACAUAUUAAGUAAAUGUGUAGAUAUGAAUAUAAGAAAUGUUGUUCGACUUGGAUUGAAGUCUAAAAUAAGAAAGGAAUUAUGGAAUUAUAGUUAUGAUGAGAAAAUAAGAAGUUGUGAUUCUUAUAAAUUAUGUGAAGAUAUUGAUAAAGAUAUUGAAAAAUUAAAAUUAGAAAUUGGGAAAUUAAAAAAUAAGAAAAAACAUGAAAAAAUAUCAUCAUUUGAUAGGAAAAGUAUAAUGAAUUUAAAAUACGAAAUAAGACUAUUAAAUAAAAGUCGAAAAAAAAAAAAAAAUAUAUUUUUUAAUGAAUUGAUGAAUAGAAAUAAUGUUAUAUUUGCAACAUGUUCAAGUAGUUCAAAUUAUGAAUUAAAUAAAUUUAUCAAAUAUACAAAUUUCUUAUUUGAUGCAGUUUGUAUUGAUGAAUGUUGUCAAUGUACUGAACCAUUAUGUUAUAUUCCUAUAUCACUUUCAAAAAAGAAUAUUUUUCUUUUCGGAGAUCAUAAGCAAUUGGCACCUUUGGUUAAAUAUAAGAAUGGCAGUAACAAAUUAAGUGUUACAUUAUUUGAAAGACUUAUUAAGAAGUAUAAAAAAAAAAUAUCCUUUCUCCUUAAAAUUCAGUACCGGAUGAAUGAUCUCAUCUUGAGAUGGUCUAACAAAAUGUUUUAUGAAAAUCGUCUUGUUUCUCAUCAUUCCUGUAGGGACAUAACGAUUGGGGAUCUUUUUUCCCCAUCUAGAUUAGAUGUAAAAAGAGCAGGUGGUAAUAAAGGAAUAGAGGCGCAAAGUGAGCGUAAAAAGGUUGGGAAGGAUAAGAAAAAAAAAAAACAAAGCAAAAAAAAGAAUGAUGAGGAAAUGAAGCAAGUUGAAGUGUGUGCAAAUGAUAGUGCCAUGAUUCAGAGCUACAGCUAUUGUCCAAUAACGUGGAUCGAAACUGAUGGGUUCGAUGAAUUUCUUGAUGACACCAAGGAGCUAGACAUGAUACAUCUGGAAAUGAAGGGAAAAAAAAAUUACCAAUUAGGGGAUAGCCAAUUAGGAGACCACCAAUUGAGGGACAGAAAAUUGGCAGAGGACCCGGGGAGAGACCAGGUUUUGCCUGUACAAAGUGGCGAAAAGUGUGAAAAGAAAUCGCUUAAGAUAGAUGCAGCAGCGGAGCAGGAUCAGAAGAAGAAGAAUGGAUAUUCGCAUAAUGACACUUGUUGUAUGAACCAAAAAAGGAGCGAUAACGAAAGUGGUACCAUCGUGGGAAUGAACAUGACGAGCGACGACAAGGGGCAUCUAGAAGGAAAGGAUUCAAAUGGAAAAAGUUCAAAUGGAAUAAGUUCAAAUGGAAUAAGUUCAAAUGGAAAAAGUCCAAGUGAUGAAGAAAUUGACUCAGAAAGUGGACUUUCAUCUGCAGCAUCAGAAUCAGCAUCUUCAGAGGGGACGAAGGCAGAGAACAAGGAGAAGAACCUGGAAGAUGCAAUAAAAAUAGAUGUAGAGGACAUCAUAAAUCUGAAUAACAAAUCCAGAAGCAACAGUGGAGAAGCGUAUGUCAUAUAUAAGUUAAUCGAAAGAAUGCUACAUGUAGACAGGAUUAGUGCGAAUCAUAUAUGCGUGAUAACUCCAUAUUCGAAGCAAAUGAAUCUGUUAAGAAAUAUAUUUUAUGAUAAUUUGUAUAACGAAAAGAAUUAUAGAUCUGAUUAUAAAGAAAUCGAGAUAUCCACAGUUGAUUCUUUUCAAGGCAGAGAAAAAGAAAUAGUGAUUUUGUCACUUGUGUGUUCAAAUUACUUUAAAAACAUUGGAUUUUUGAAAGAUUAUCGACGUUUAAAUGUGGCAAUUACCAGAUCCAAGCGGCACGUAGUUGUUGUCGGGAAUUCCAGUACCAUAUCUAACGACACAAUAUUGAACCAAUUGUACGAGACUAUUCUCAACUAUGGAAAGGUAUAUUUAGUUAAUGAGUUAAUUGAUGUGGAGAACAUACCCCUGAACGGUUGA